AUGGUUCGGCACGAAUGGGUCGGCUCGACCGGAGUGAAACAACCACAGCGUUGUGUUUCGCCGUAAUGCAACCCAGAGAUCUGUGUGGAGGAGACGAAGCCUGAAAUGCCAUCAGCCCCGCUAACCAGCGAAGACAGCGACACGGCGGAUACCGAUGGCAGACUAUCUUCCGAGUGCUCGCCGUUACCGCAGCGUCGGGGGGGAAUAUUAAAAGGGGGGAGGCUAUGGAAGUCGUUGGACACAGACAAGGACAUAAAUGAACAGAAUGAUGACCAGCGAUCCACAACAACAGCCAGUGACGAGGACGGUUCCAUCACACCACGAUCUGUUCGAUUUUUAGAAAGGCCAAAAGAUUCUGAAGAAGAUCACCCGAAGAAAGAACCAGAAACGGUUCACACUCAAACAGAAAAUAGUGAAAUGACAACACAACAAAAGGAAUAUAACUCCACAAGUGGAACUCACAGACUGGAGACGCCGCUCAUCCUAACGAUCAACGCGCCAAAAGCUAAUUCGGCGGUUCAGCAGUUGUUCAACAGCGGCAGACCGCCACCGCCCGCCAUCGAACCACAGUUAGUCACUUCUGAAACGCUGAGAGCAUGGGACGCGGGCGUCAGACCCAAGACUGAGGAGGCAGCGGUUCGCCGCGUAGCUGAAAGAAAUGCACUACGUUGCUCCUUACUCCGAAGCGAAGCCAGGAAAAAACAACAACCAAAGCAGGAAACGACGUCCCUCGCCGAGCGCAUUCGUUUACUAACUUGUGACGUCGAAGAUGAGCCGGAGGAACAGAGAGCAUCGCCCGCCGGAGCGAAUGCCGACAAAAUGUCGAGCAGCAGUGACAAAUCAAGCGAUAAGUCCUACAAUAGUAUCGACAAAAACAGCGAGAAAGCUUUCGGCAGCGCAUCGUCGAGCUCGUCGUCAUCGACAAUAUCAGUGCCUCUGCCCACACGCCAGCUUCCCCCCGACUUGGGUGACGUACAUCAGGAGCCACAAAAGCCCAAAUCAGAGCCAAGACGACAGUUCCUAUCUACAUUGGCGCCAUUGACCGCCUGUGUGGGCAGUGCAGCUCAUCACGAGGGUUUCUACUACGUCCCUCCUGGAGACCGUACGUCGGCAUCUUCUGCCACAAACCUAGACUUACAGGAGCAUACAGACGCUCCAGCACCAGAUGUUGUCGCAGGAACUCCGGGUAAGCAAGCAGGAGCUGGUGAAGGCGAUGACGGACUGGCUGCUUUUGCUAGGGCGACUGCUCCAAGGACUGAGAGACUGAGGCAACGAUACGGCCAGGAGUCACAACCAGUCAGCAGCGACGAUGAGCACGAUGACUAUGGUUUCCACCGUCGGCCAGCGGUUCGGGGUAUCGCUAUAAAGCAACAGCUUGGUGCAUCGGACGAUAUAUUGCAACAAAUGCAGAACGAAUUGCAGCCUUCUCCAGGCACCACGCCACAACAGAUGCCGCCCUCUCACGCAUGCCAACGCACAAACUCCAACUAUUCUUGGCCUUAUUAUUCGGAAGCCAAUCUUAACUCACGACCGCAAAGCAGAACAAGUGCUAAUUCGAACUGGUCCAAAUCGUCGGACUACAUGGCAUCGCGACCGUGCCAGAGUACUCCCGUGCCGCAACAGCACUCGGACGCGUGCUACGCCCACGCACAGAACAUGGCGUCCUACGCACACUACCAGCAACAGCGGCAGCAACAGGAGACCAUGUACCGCAAUUGUUCUCUCUACGCCAAUAUCGGGUGUUCGGAUAGUAGCCAGGAGCUAUACAGCUCCCAAACGAGCUCUGAGCAAACAUCACCAGUGCGUGCGGUGCCGCGCUGCCGUCGCCCGGAGUCUCCACCGCCAAUCCGAAGCCACCAUCAACUGCUUUACCUGCCAUACAGUUCCCACUAUCAUUACCAGCACCAUGCAGACUACGGCCAGCAGCAAUGGCAGCAGGCUAACGACUACAACCGCAUGCACUCGUACUACCAGCAACAAGCUCGCAGCGGUGCGAGCACGCCACAACCUGCCGCUGCUCAGCCGCAACGAGCGCACUACACACAUGCUCUUCAACUACAGACGCUCUGCCCUGCACCUGCGAGAUACAGGCCUGUGCCGGCACCCCAACCUGGAGGUGGAAAGCAAAUGAUUUGUUACUCAGAAAAAGUGGCGGCUCCGAUGUACCAACCGGCACCAGGGUCACCUUCCCGAGCUGCCAGAGGAGCUCCAGAAGGUGCGCCUUCUGGAGUAUCGGCACAGCAAGCUACGUCACCUAUGGCACCUCCCCCUAACCCCGUCUACUACGCCAUGAACGUCUGA